CGGCGCCCGCAGCCCGCCACGCCUGGAGAGGGAUGCGGUGCGCCCUGGGAGCCCGGUAGCCUCGGAUCGCUGCGCCGCAGACGCGAUGAUGGAUGAGCCCUGGUGGGAUGGGCGCGUCGCCUCGGACGUCCACUGCACCCUGCGCGAGAAGGAACUGAAGCUGCCCGCCUUCCGUGCCCAUUCCCCUCUCUUGAAGAGCCGCCGGUUCCUUGUGGACAUCCUGACCCUUCUGAGCAGCCACUGCCAGCUCUGCCCCACAGCCCGGCACCUGGCUGUCUACCUGCUGGACCACUUCCUAGACCGCUAUAAUAUCAUCACCUCCAAGCAACUCUACGCUGUGGCCGUCUCCUGCCUCCUGCUCGCAAGUAAGUUUGAGGAUCGGGAAGACCAUGUGCCCAAGCUGGAGCAGAUCAACAGCACGCGGAUCCUGAGCAGCCAGAACUUCAUGCUGACCAAGCAGGAGCUGCUGAGCACGGAGCUACUGCUCCUGGAGGCCUUCUGCUGGAACCUCUGCCUGCCCACCCCCGCCCACUUCCUUGACUACUACCUCUUGGCCUCUGUCAGCCAGAAGGACCUCCACUGCCAUAGCUGGCCCACCAUCUGCCUCCGCAAGACCAAAGAAUGCCUCAAGGAGUAUGCCCACUACUUCCUCGAGGUCACUCUGCAAGAUCAUAUCUUCUACAAAUUCCAGCCCUCUGUGGUUGCUGCAGCCUGCGUUGGGGCCGCUAGGAUUUGCCUUCAGCUCUCUCCCUACUGGACCAGAGACCUUCAGAGGAUCUCCAGCUACUCCCUGGAGCAUCUCAGCGCAUGCCUGGAAAUCCUGCUGGUAGCUUACGACAACAUCCUCAAGGACGCUGUUGCUGUCAAGAGCCAGGCCCUGGCGGUGGUGCCUGGCAACGCCUCCACCCCCACACAGGUGCUGUUCCAGCCGCCCGCCUAUCCGGCCCUCAGCCAGCCAGCGACCCCAGCCCUGCCUCAGUUCCAGACCCCAGUGCAGGACCUGUGUUUGGCCUAUCGGGACUCGCUGCAGGUCCACCGUCCUGGGAACCUGCUCUCAGGGGGUGCUGGCUCAUCCCUCCAUGCCCCGUACCCAGCCCUCCAGCCCCUGGACUUGUGUCCCCUGCGGCUCCCCACAUCCCUCGGCAUGCAGAUGGCCAUCACAACUGAACCCAGACACUGCCUAGCCACCACUUACGGAAGCAGCUACUUCAGCGGCAGCCACACCUUCCCCACGGGCUGUUUUGACAGAUAGGUCACUUUUGGGCCAGCAGAAGGCCUACACCCAGGCAGGAUAAGGGAGCACUGAAGGGGGA